AUGGGACAAGAAGAAUCCCAUCUGGCCUCUGCGUCGGGCCCUCCAGCGACACUCGAAGAACGAAGCCUGGAAGCCGUCGCUGACUAUAUCAAGAGCGGCAAUGCUCGGCGCAUUGUGGUCUUGACCGGCGCUGGCAUCUCUACCGCCGCUGGAAUUCCCGAUUUCCGAUCGCCAAAGACCGGCCUGUAUAGCAACUUGGCGCGCCUCAAACUCCCGUAUGCAGAGGCUGUCUUCGACAUUUCCUACUUUCGCAACCACCCCGAGCCCUUCUAUGUGCUCGCCCAGGAGCUGUAUCCCGGGAAAUUCCACCCGACCAUCUCCCACGCCUUCAUUGCGCUUCUUGCUGAAAAGGGCCUCCUUCAAAUGCUCUUUACCCAAAACAUUGACUGUCUCGAACGGGCGGCUGGCGUUCCUGCGGAUAAGAUUGUCGAAGCCCACGGCAGUUUUGCGACACAGCGCUGCAUUGAGUGCAAAGUCGAAUUCCCCGAUGCUGAGAUGAGAGCGCAUGUUACUCGAGGCGAUGUUCCUAAAUGCAAUGAGUGCAAGGGACUGGUCAAGCCAGACAUCACAUUUUUCGGCGAAGCCCUCCCAAGGGACUUUUCAGAGAAGUCGCACAACACUGUCAUGGCGGAUCUUGUUCUCAUUAUUGGAACAAGCUUGACGGUAUAUCCAUUCGCAAGCCUUCCUGAGAUGGCGAGAAAAGAGACACCGCGUGUGCUCUUCAACAUGGAGAAGGUCGGUUCAUUAGGAUCGCGAGUCGAUGAUGUGCUAGAAUUGGGAGCAUGCGAUGAUGGCAUUCGAAAACUAGCCGAGUUGUUGGGCUGGACAGACGAGCUGGAUGAUACGUGGAGAAAUAUUGUUGGAAAUGAGGAGGCUGAGAGACAACUGCGCAGCCAGACUGCGCGUGACGAAGAGAUUGAAGAUGAGUUACAGAAGCUGACUGGAGAGAUUGAGACCGUCCUCAAACUUGAAGAGGAAGAGGAAAAGAAGGAAGAGAAGAAGGCAGAGGAUGAAGAAAAGAGCCAGAAAGUUGGUGAUGAUGCCCCAAGUGAUGCCCAGACACCCAAGGGUGACGCAGACGCCAAAGAAACUGCCAAGACAGACAAUGUCAACGCAGAACAAGAAAAGAAAGGAGAGGAACGCUCAGAGGCGGAUUCUAAACCGGUGGACGAACCCACCUCAAGCACAGCACCACCGAAAGUUCAAGAGAGCACCGAGCAAAAGGCACAAGAUACUACGACGGCACAGAGCAAAGACGUUGAAGAGCCAACACAGAAAGAGGGUGAAGAGAAGCCCCAGCAAAAUUGA